AUGGCGCGCUUUUACGGCCUACCAAAGAUUCACAAGCCGGGCGUGCCGCUACGCCCCAUCGUCUCCUUACGUGGUACCCCAUCCUUUGGGCUGUCAAAGUGGCUGUACCAGCGACUUUGUUUCCUUACCAAGGAUUCAGAGUGGACAGUGAAGUCGGCUGAAGAGUUUUUGUCGCGCAUCAAGCGUCCCCAAGUGAAGGCAGAUGAGGUGUUGGUGUCUUUUGACGUGAUCUCAUUGUUCACCUCCAUCCCACCCACGCUGGCUAUUGACACUAUUGACGGCUUUCUCCGGGAAAGGUACGAUGAGACCGAUCAACAGCUCAAACGAGUUCACAUCAUCCAGCUCCUAGAACUAUGUCUUAAGACGUUCUUUACAUUGAACGGCCAGGUCUACGAGCAAAAGAAGGGGACACCGAUGGGGUCGCCUCUAUCUGGAUUAAUUACUGAAGCGGUUUUGCAGAGGCUUAAGCGGCUGGUAUUCAGCUCGUACCCCCCAAAAUUCUGGGCCAGAUACGUCGACGACACUUUCGUUAUCAUCAAAAGGAGCGAUGUGCAAACUUUCAAGGCACUGUUGAAUUCAAUCUUUCCCGACAUCCAGUUAAAUAUGGAAGAAGAGCUAAACAAUCAGCUGGCCUUCUUUGACGUAUAA